UAAUUUAUUAUUUUUGCCCUUUUUUUGGUGUUAAUUUGUGUGAAAUGGAAACCCGAAUGAAAAGGAGCUGUAGCUUUCUUUUUAAGGAUGGCGCUGGUAGAGCUCAAGGCAUUAUCAUCCAACAUCGGGGGCAGCUUUAUCUGUUGACCUGCCACCAUGUAAUUCCGUCAAGAAGGAAAUCUUUUGGAUGGAAAGUUGACAUAGAAGAAAGCAAUAUCAUUCUAGAUGAAGGCAUCGUUACGAAAGGUAUUAGCUGUUGUGGAGAGGAGGGGAUUCUUAGACAAUCUGAACACUUCAAGAAACACUGUCCAUUUGAUCUGGACUUCAUGCUACUAGAACUGAAAAAUAUAGAUCUACCUCCCGCGGAAUUUGUUGAUGUAAAACUUAGUAUAAAAGCUCUAGAACUUAUGGAACAAGCUAAUGGUUUGAGUGGUUUCUUUCAAGAUGGCAAUGCAAGCUGUUUCUAUAUGAGAUUGAAAAAUAGGGAAGAUCAGAGUCAAGUCAGUAAAGUAGUCAAGAAGGAGCACUAUUUUGUCUUUCCUCCACUUCCCACUGGUUCACCAAAAAUAAGAGUAUUGAGAGAUUGGAGUUUUCUUAUUCCUUAUUUUAAAGUUGUAAAGGAUGACGAUUCUGAUGUCUGUGGCGGUGGUUCAUCGGGUGCUCCGAUGUAUGCAACUCAUAAAAGCAAUCAACCCGUGCUUAUUGGAAUGCAUACAAAUCAUCAUGAUGAUGACGGUGAAGUAGAUGACGACAACGAAGUAGAUGAUGAUGGUGAAGUUAUUAUCAAUGAUAAAGUACCAGUAAUACCAGAUGAAUUUCAACUAACUAAAUCGUUUAACACCAGUUUCAUUUGGGUGCUCCAUUUAAUCAAUUUACAUGUAUAUUUUGGAGAGGAUUCUUGGUUUCAUGGUGAUUUUCCUCUCACAGAAAUAGCUAUGAAUAAAUCUCUGUUGUGGGCAGUUUUUUUGCGAUACCAGAAAAAAACCUUUAUGCUAAAAAAGAAGAGUUUGCUAGUAAAAAUAGCUGAAGAAAUAUACAGGGAUUUGGUUCGUAGUCAUUCUCAACCACAAUUGGAGAGAGAAGAAAAGGAAAUGUUUGAUAAGGUCAAACGAUUUUUGAAUUAUGAAGACCCAGCAGAAUCCUUAGUUAUUGGAAUAGGGGGAUCCAGUAUUGAACCACUUCCUCCAAGUACAACAACAGGCUAUGGUACAGAUACAAACAUCAACAACCCCGAUUCAGAUGACAACCCUCCUGAAGAGGUACAUGUAGCUAGUAAAGAUGAACUGGUUUAAUCUUACUUAUAAUACUCCAGCACAUUGUAUUUAACUGUCUUUUUCUAUUGUUUAUACCAUCUAUUCUUGUUUAUACUUAUUAUUUAUACCUUUAUUAUACUCUUGUUAUUGUUAUAAUAGUUAA